GCUGGACCGCGCUGCCUUGAGGCACAAGCGGGACAACAAGCUCAGCCCCACUACGCCAGACUAUGCGCUACGUUGCGUGAUAGCCGACGACGUAGUGGACAAGACUCGCGGCGUAGUGCUGGCCACCUGCUGCCAUCACCGCUGCCUGCCCGCGCACUUACUGGGCGCACACAAGCUGCAGGAUAUGGGCAUAACAUCGGAGGAACUACAAGUCCUGUUCCGCAUAGUAUCGUGGGCCACGUGCGGUACUGGACGCAGUCGCCCACCGAGAACCAAUGCAAAACCGACACAAAACGAUGACAAACACACGGACGUACAACACGAAGCGGAAAUGAGCGAACAAGAUGAUCAGCUAAACGAAGAAGUAAAAGAAGAGAUACAGAAAGGUCAAUUGAGGUCUGAAGAAGAUAAUAUUACUUUGAAUGAAGAAACGAAAUUAGAGUUGACAGGAGAAGAGAAGGCAGAGAUAGGAAGACGAGGCAAGGCAUUAGUGGACUGGGCGCGCGUAUUGGCGCUCCGCGAUGCGGGAUUCGAUGCCCGGCUGUACUACUUCGUGCCGCUUACAGUGUCUCCUGAAAAUCUGUGCAUCGUAGCAACUAAACUGCCACAAUGAUGAAUGUUCCAUGCGGGAUGUGCAAUCUGUUUUGUGAUUUCAAUAAAUGAACUAUAAUAGGGGGCUGGUUUCUCAAGUUGUUAAUUUAUCUUAUUGUGUUGCUAUUAAAUUCAUUGCUAUUUUUAUAUUUUUUUCCUACUUCACUUGAUACACGGUAUGAA